AUGGAUCAGGAUGAAACGCGGAAGAUAAACGUCGAAGUGCAGACUCCGACCGGUAGGCGAUACUUCUUCAGGCUUAGUCGGAGCACCAAGCUGUGGAAGCUGAUGGCGGCAUUCGCUGAUGGGCUCGGGAUCAACGUCAACGAUGUCCGUCUUGUUCGAUGGCCUCAAUUUGCGUCAUUAUCAGACCCCUCAACAGGUCAUUUUACCAAAAGGGGUUCUGUUUAG